CCCGCCCCUCCUGCUGGCAGACGCAGGGCGUGCGCAUGCUCGGCAGCCGCCGGCCGCUUGGGUCUCGAGGCGCUGCAAUCUGUUGCGCCGCUGCCGUCGCCGCCUGCGGGAUCCGGCAGAUCCGGGUCUCGUGGCUAAGAGUGACGUGGUCAAUCGAAUCCAAACACAGGAGAAGGGGGGCCGUCCGCCGGCGGCCACAGGAGCAGCAGCGGCAGCGGCGUCCGGAGCAGCCGCAGCGUUCCGGGAGCUCCGGGCGGUCCUUCUUGCCGAGACCGGCUCCCGGCUCCCACCCUCCCCGCCCCGUCGGUUGUUGUCUGGGCGGAUUUGCUCGGUCAGAGGAAGUCAAGCUGGGUCAUCAUGGCAGAAGGUGGAUUCGAUCCCUGUGAAUGUGUCUGCUCCCACGAACAUGCAAUGAGAAGGCUGAUCAAUCUGCUGCGGCAGUCCCAGUCCUACUGCACAGAUACCGAGUGUCUCCAGGAAUUGCCAGGACCUGCUGGUGAGAAUGGCAUCAGUGUCACGAUGAUCUUGAUGGCCUGGGUGCUAAUUGCAGUGAUCUUGUUCUUACUGCGACCUCCUAAUCUAAGAGGAUCCAACCUACUUGGAAAGCCAACCAGUCCUCACAAUGGACAAGAUCCACCAGCUCCUCCUGUGGAUUAACUUUGUGAUACGGGAAGUGAAAACAGCUAACACCUUGCACGACCAGAUGAACCAAGAUGACCAGAGUACUCUUAACCCCAUUAGAACUGUUUUUCCUUUUGCAUCUGCAGUAUGGGAUGGUAUUGUUUUCAUGAGCUUCUGAAAUUUCACCUGCAAACUUAUUUUUGCUUCCUGUAUUAUCACCAUUCCUAUCGACAGUAUAUUUGAGUAAAUGAUUAUAUUAAAGAGUUACAUGGGGCUUUUUGGUUGUCCUAAACUUAAAACAUUCCAUUCGUUCUGUUGGUAACUGUGAUAAUAAUUUGUCCUGAUUUAUGGCCUGAUUGAAGGAAAUUUGAGUUAUCUGCAUUUAAAUAUUUUAAAUAAUUUUCAUAGGUUUUUAAUUUUUCAUAGGUAUUUAUAAAGUUAUUUGGGGUUAUCUGGGGCUGUAUGAAAAGGAAUUAGAACUACAUUGUAUUUCCAUUUAACUUGCUAGUUUAUUUGUGGGUGAUUGUUUUCUCCAGUAUUUGGGAUUGUGGUAGCUCUUGAAAUAUUUUACAAAUUUCAGCUAAAAUCUAUAUCACCCAUUAGAACUCGCAUAUGUGGCUAUAGUAGGAGAAGGAAAGAAGUCAAAUGGUUGUUUAUUGGUUUUCUCCCCCAUUAAAUAAGUGUCUAAUGUUAAGAAAACUUUAAAUAAACAUGAUUGAUCAGUA